UCUUCUUCCUUCAUUUAUUUACGCUAUAGUGGAAUUUACCGAGCUUCAUAGUGUCUUCUUAUUACACUAUUCCUGUCUCCGGCAAGGAACCAACAAUUCCCAAAACCAACUUACAAAUAUGUCGUAUUAUUACCAAGAAGAACAAGUGGAAAAUAACCAGGAAUUGAAAAAUGACCUUCCUUGGUUGGCGGAUAGUAUUCAUGAUGGUCGUUCCAAGGUCUAUUGUGCAUUGGGAUUUGCAGGCUUGAAAUUGGAGAACGCAUUUGGAUGGAUUUUGUCGAAAGAACGUAAAACACUCUCCAUCGCUAAGCAAGAAAUCUUUUCUUCAGAUGAAAGGAAGCUUCCUGGAAUUGCCUAUGUCGCGGUUGGUGGUAUGGCAGGAAAUAUUUUUGCUAGGAAUAGGAUUGCCCCUACUCGCUGGCUUGUCACUACUUUGGCGACUGCUGGAACAUUUGUCUAUUGUUUUCCAAAGACUUCAAGAAAGUUGGGAGUAUUUACUGAGACCCGCUUCCCUGCGUUACGUGAACGCCGAGAGCAACUGUGUCAGCAAACUCGCCAAACCCUUCAAAAUACUGAAACCUCUGUGAAUAGGUACGCUGAACUAGCUCAAAACCAAUAUCAGGAUUUAGUAAAUCGUAUUUAUAAACAUUAGUCUUUCCUCUACUUGGUAAAUUUGCCUUGCCAUGCGUUCAUGGCCUCUGGUAUGAUGAUCAACUGUUAUGAUCUAUUCUUUAUCUUUUUCUAUCUUUCUGGUAUACAUAACACUUCCCCUCUCUUUUUCGCUUUGUUCUUAUGAUAAUAGUUUGGAUGCAUAGAAACCAUUGUCAUUGUUAGGCAAAGCGGUUUCAGCGUUUUUCUCAGUAACGUAAGUAGCAAUUUAAUUUUAAAGUUUCUAUGCAAAUAAAUACAAUUGAUGCUGUAAACAAGGAAUCCUAUAAAUUUCGAAAGGUAUAUUGAUGAAAGUUAC